UUAUUCAUCGAGUUCUAAUGUUAAUAACAGCGAAUUCCAUACACAAUAAAUACGUAACGGAGUGAUAGUGAUUCCGAAUAAAUUUUUACGUAAUACCAGAAAUAAAGUUGAUUAAAUUACAAGCUGCACGCAAGUUACAAGGGAAGAUAUGUGUAACUCUCCUGUAAACACUUAGACCGGAUCUGCGAGUGUGAAAAUAGCCUCGUGAAAAUAACUUUCCCCUUCGAAAGUUUAAGACAGUCAGCUGAGCGCCACGGAAUCCACUCGCGAUCGCGUUAAAAUGUGUAGCAGCAUUGAUAAUGAGCUGUAUAUAAUCGAGUUCUAUACAAACGUUUCUCACGAUUUAAAAUGGGCACUCGAAAAGCAUUAGAUGAAACGUUUCUUCAUCAAUGUUCAAUCUCCAAAUACGAUUCUCAACAUAUUAUAUGUCAAGUGUUUAAACAUUUAGCUAUACAGAUAUGUGAAUCUUUAUAAUAAUCUUAUUAAACUGUCAAAAUAAUUUUGUUGGGCUAUUAAAACUUUUUGCUCAUCACGCGCUAGCGUCUUACAUAAUUAUUUAGAGUCCAACAAAAUUAUUUUCAGGUUUAUAUUCAGUUUUUAAAUACUUAAGCAUAACUGUUUUCUCUCCAUCAAAUCAUAUUACGCGAUAUGCACAUAUGAUAUUCUGUAUUGAUAAGUGCAAGCUGUUUCUUUUUAUUUUCUCUUUUUGAUAUAUUUUAAAUGCAAAUUUUAUAUCUAAACACGUUUCAUAUUUUUAUUAUAUGUAUACUUCGGCUUACUAAAGAAUUCAGUUAUUUGACACAGUAACAUUUUUUAUCAUCAUUAAUUAUUAAUAAUGCUAAUAAAGACAGUGUUACAACUAUACUUAAAGCUGAAACGAUUGAAGUUUUGUUUGUUACUGCCGAGCGAUUUUAUUCUCGUCGCAACAUGCGCGUCGCCAAGUCAUGCCGAAGCCAAGACGAUCAGCUGAGCGUGCGGUAGAAAAUACCGCAGCAUUGAUAAUGAACCGUGGCGCGUGGCCCUGCUCGCGUGGAGAUGAAUCGAUGCCUCGAGAAGUAAUAAACAUCGUGUUCCGCGCGGCGAUGCCGGGCGCCGCAAAGCGUAUCCAUUCGCCUCGUCUUUCCAUUGAUGAUACCGAGAGCGAACUCGAAUAACGCCUCCAUCCGACCUAAUGAAAGCGAAGUGAAUGCGAUUUCUUCCUGAGAAAACCGGCCCCGCUAUAUUGGCAUAAAUCUCGCGACGAAACGAGAUUCGCUACAGCAAUACGUCGCUAUAUUUAUUGCCGUGAAAUUUUACGAUAAUUUCGCAGAAAUUUUAAAGCCGGCCGCGUAUAUCGCGAAAGUCGAUACACUUCCGCGGAAAUCGAAAUCUCUCUCUAACUGGACUAUUCCUAUUAGAUUUUACACGGUGCUCGCACGUGAAUGCAAUUAAUGCAAUUAAUAUCGGCGUUCGCGUGAUCGCGUCCUCUCACUCAAAUUGUUUAGGAAUACGCUCCGAUUCGAAAUCGGGUUUUUUUGAAAUCGAUCCCGAUUUAUCGACGUUCGCCGUCGUUAUUACAAAUUCGACAGGCGGUUCGACGGACACACCGAAUCGAUGACCAUACCGAUUAUGCUAAGUGCUCUUCCGUUCAUAAUACACAACGAGCGAAAGCGUAUCGCCAUCUUCGAGGCUUCGCGCGCAGAUCGCGCGGAUGCUUCGUAACUGUCUUAAGAAAUAGGAACAUCAAUUACCCCGCGACUCUCCCGAAUUAAUAUACAUCGUUCCCUUGCUGCGGCGCCUGAAUGUGAUAUAGCUUCACUCCACACUCCACUCCUCUCCGUCACUUUCUUCUUCUCGCCGCUGCGCACACGUACUCGCACUCGUCGUCCUUAAGAACCGACAGAUUAACACCGAGCUCGUUUUCUGCCGACAUUAUUAUCGAUGUUCGCCGCGCGAUAAAACCAGCAAGACCGCGGAUUACUGGACACCGACAUCCCGCGUCCAUUUCAUUCAAUCUCGCAAAGAUAUUUAUCAGGAAAUCUCGAGAUCUCGCUUGUUUCCAUUUCUUUCCGUGCAAAUAAAAGAAAACGAAAUGGAAAAAUGAAAGUGAAUGGGACAUAACACAAGUGCUAUAUAAGGAACAGAUCAAAUCAAUUAGUAAACUAAAAACAUUAUUUUAAAAAAUCGUUUUUAAUUAUAAAAGCGUCAUGUUAUUAUUUUAUCAGUUUUAUAAAUAAUCAAACACUAUUACAUUUUGUUUAUUAAUCCUUACAGGUUUAUGUAUGGAUCAUUUACAUUGUCGCAAUUUUAUUAUCGUUGCUUUUCCAGCUUGGCCAUAAUAAUCAUACCUUUUUAUUUUUUUAACUUCUAAAUACUUGUCUUUCAAGUUUUAUUAAUAUUUUAUUUAUUAUAACAAUUAAUAAUUAUUAUGAAAAAAUAAAGUUAAAAAAGUUUCUUUCAUUUUAAUUCAUCUCCGAUGACACAAAUAAAGAUGGAAAGCUAAAAAAGAUUAUUGAAUAUAUUUGAUACCUUCUACUAUCGUAUAAAUUUUUUCUAAAUUUCUUUUUGCAAAUUUGUUAAUUUAUUAUAAAUAAAUAAACAAUUAUAUAUUUUUUAAAAACAGCGAAAAAUGAUUUAUUUCUUCAAAUUAAAAAAAAAAUUUUUAAUCUGUCUUUAGUUUCGUAGAAAGACCAGAAAAACAUAAAAAUACAUGUUACCACAAAAUUUACUAAGCCGUCUAAUUACUCCUAAAAGAGUUAAAUACUUUACAUAUUAUUAUUCUUUUACUUACAUAUUUAAAACCUUAAAACUUAAAAAAUAAAUUUUCUUAAAAAGUGGAAUUAAAGCAUCAUUACAUGAAUUCAACAUGACUUAUAUCGACUGACUGCGUGAUAUUUAUUGAUUGAGAUAGUGUAAUUAUAUAUAAUGUUAGGCCGAAGCAUUGAAAAAAAAGGGUUAAAUAGCUUCCGCAGAAAGUAUUCCGUAUAACAUUAGUUUCGAGUGUAUCUCAAAUAUAUUCGCCCACGUAUACAAAUUUUUCUCACGACCCUGCGCGAUCUGCUCUAUCGCUCGAUCUAAACUUUCGUAUGCCAAUCAGCCAUGCGCGCGCUCACACAAUGCAUGUGAUUUGCACGCAUUCCGUUGUAAUUAAGCAGCUAUGAAUUGAUAAUGACUUUUGCCGGAUCUAGAGUAUUAUAAAAUCAAACGGUAUUGUCAACGAAGGAAAUGUACAAUACGCGCGCGCGCGUCACACGGUGAAAAUCAGUUACGUGCAAUCCCAACUUCCAACGUGCCAUUUGAUCGCGAAACAGAAAAAUUGCUUGACAAACCUCACACGGACGACUGUUGUCGUAAACACACCGUCGUGCACCGGGGGAUCCAACUGACAGAGAUGUAUACCGAGGUAUAACAUAACAUACGGAAGAAACGUGCUACAUGCCACAACAUGCCGGAUCGUUUUAAAGUGGCAAUUAAUACGCUGCGGCGCGCCGUUUGUUUGUGCGAGCGGCAAAUACCCCGGGGAUAUUCUAUUAUCCUAUCCCGAACCGCCUUUCCAUCAUCAUAUCUCAAUAGACGCUGACAAUCUAAUUUGGCACGGGGGGGGGCACAUUGUGGCGGAGCGUUGUCUCAGACGCGCGUGCGGAAUCGCGUUUCUCACGACCCUGCCCGAUCCGAUUCCCGCACCCCCUUUUGGGGAUCGACACGUCUCCGUUCUCGGAGACCGUCCACGCAUAUUUACCAAUGUUUUUUCAAAGUGGUACAACGCAAUACGAUGUAGCACCGCGGGGGAUUGCGCAAGCGGCCUGGGUUUGGCAAUGGCCAUGUCGCCCUCCCUGAGCACAGCCGGAAUCUAAUUUGCGGGUGUCGCGGUGUCGAAGAGGACGACGUAGGCCCCGGUAUCCGACGACCGAAUCCCCACUAUGGGGAAAAAGCCUUCGUGUAGGUUAUAAAGGACCGAGCACGGUACUACACGGCUGCACUCUCUCAGUGAAACUCACGGAGGACCGUUCCCCGAGUUACAAGUUGUAUACCUCCCCCUCCUCGUCAGCGACGCGUGCACCAUGAGGAUUAUAUUGCUGGUAAUCCCGGCGUGUCUGCUCGCCCUAACGGAAGCGCGGCGAGUGCAGAUCCGACCUCGCGUGACGGAUUCUCAAGCGUACUACGAGGAAGCAGACAACCAGGCCGCCGAGGACGAUUUCGACACUGUAGCGAUAUAUCAGCCACGCACCCGCGCUCUUCCUUCGCCACGAUCUAAGGAUGCUUUGCACGCGUCGAAGCCGCCACCGGUACAGACUAUCAGAAACUACAAUAAAGUUAACGAUGACGGGUCCUUUACUUUCGGCUACGAGGCGGCCGAUGGUUCCUUCAAGGAGGAGACUCGUGGCACCGACUGUGUCGUGCGCGGCAAAUACGGUUACAUUGAUCCGGACGGCAACAAGAGAGAGUUCACUUAUGUCUCGGGCAAUCCCUGCGAUCCGAACGCACCAAAGGAUGAAGAAGAAGAGGAGGAAAAGGAGGAGGAUCUCCCUGGACCGGCGAACUAUCCCGUCGUUAGGCCUGUACCUCGACCUUCGCUGAGGCCCACGUAUCAGCCGACCACUACUCGUGCACCUACCACGAUAUUCCAGACCGAGUACCAACUCGACGACGACGCCAGCCAGGAGCUGACCGAGGAUGAUCUGAGGCCGCAGCUGCGACCGUCAGCCUUCAGAAGACCCUCGACCAUAGUGCAAGUCACGCCCUCCACCGCCAUUUACGAAUCUUCGCCGUCCCCUAGUCCGUCUCUUUUUAGGCUAGCUUCCACACCCACGGCUCAAUAUCAGACCACUGCGUCGUCCGUUCUUCGUAGCCAACCCACAGUCACUUCGAGCGUCUAUCAGUCGCUCGAAACUACCACUCGCCGACCGGUGACUCGCCAUCCUAGGCCUCAGUCGGUCGCGAUAACCCCACGGCCUCACGUCGCCCAAGUAGCCGCGCAAUACGUCUCCCCUAGUAGCACCGAGCGUCCCAACAGUCUGCUCUACACUCAGACCCCUUCGGCCACGAUAUCGCCAUUGCGCACCACGACCGCCACUAAUACACCCCAUCUCGACUUUGCUGCCGAGCUCGAGCGUUACGUGAACACGGUCGGCUCGCAUGUUCCCGCUGCUCCGGUUGCGAGGCCCCAGACCGCCCAAGCGUCGCCCCAAGCCACCUCGAGAGUUAAGCUGACCGGUCAGACAACGGUCACCGCCGCAUCCGCUGAGCCCAUCUACCAAUCGGAGCUUGUGUACGAUCCCGCGACCGGUCAGUACAAUACCCAGCUUUAUCAAACACUGCCCCAAACCGUGGGUGAGUUUAGCCUCAGUCACAAACUCCAACCGUUCGUAGCCCAGCCCCAGUCCCUCCUCGGUCUGCAGCAGCUGCAGCAGUACCAGCAGGCCCAACGUCCAGUCUAUAAGCAGGCCCAGUCGGCGCCCACCCCAACUGUAACCCAGCCCCAGGAGGUACUCUAUAGGAAGCAGCAGGCGCAGCUGCUGCAGCAGUCCCAGCAGCUCUACGCACAGCAACAACGUCGCCAACAGCAGCAGCAGCAGCAUCAGCAGCAGCAACAACAGCAGCAACAGCAGCAACAAUCUCAUAGACUUCAGCUGUUGGAGUCGCAGAGAGAGCCCCAGGCGUUCUAUUACGUCGCGCCCUUGAAGGCCUCCUCUGCCGCCACGUCCCUUUCAGUAGGUCAGAUCGAUCAGUUUCUCCGAGGUAGCGGCGCUAAUAACUACUGAUGCAAUCUGAGUCGCGGUUCUUAAGAGAUCUCCCUCGGAUCCUCGAAUAACGUCGAUAUUUAUCAUUCAGGUAUUGCCUCGAGCGUUCCCCGCGCGAGCUAAACCGUCGAGGAUCCCGCGCCGGUCAUAUCACAAUGUCGGCCCAUGCGUACACAGAGGGUAUUAUACAUAUAAAAGUACAUGCAUUAUAUAUAAAGUAUAUAUAUCUCACGUGGCGCCGAAGCUGAGAUGUAUAAAGUAUAUCGUCGAGUGAAUGGCGCACACGAGCGCUUUGAUGCACGCGUUGUUGUACGCGGAGAAAUGCGUGUACGGUAUAAUAUUUAAUAUAAUAUCGUCGCGAUACGCGAGAACGUAUAGCUGAGAUGAAGAGUAUCGCGAUGAUAGAGAUCGCGGAUUUUUGCCAUCACCGCGCGACAGGUCGCGAACUCUUUGAGAAGCGUAAUCAAAGUUCAUUCUUACCAACGGAUCGUGCGAGCUUUUCGUAAUUCUCAGUUUACAAUAACGCCUUGGGAUCUUCCGAAUUACCUUGUUCUCGAUUUCACGCUUUGAUAGUCGUGACGUAAUUGAAGUGCCGGAAAUACAAGUAGAUCAAGUCCAGUAGCGAAGAAAUUUAAAUCAAGUACGCACUUUGCAUCUCCAAAUCAUUCUGUUGGAGAACACGAAGAAAUAAACGACAGAAACCUUAAAUUGUAUGACUUGUAUUUUCAGCGCUUUAAUAGUUCACCGCGCUCUUACAAUGCGUGUCUCAAAGCGUUCCUGCGCUAUCCGCUCGUCUCGGCUAACGCGCGAACGAUAAUACUAUUAUCCGUCGACGACGCAAUCGGAGAACGAAGGUCAAAGAGAUUUUAAGUAUGUGAUAAAAUGGAUGGAGGGACCGCGCGCGGACAUGGUUGCACGGCCAGUGUGACCCAUAACAAUAACCGGGAGCCGAAUGGCAAAACGUGAUACGUGACAGAAUUUAAAAUCUUUUUAGGUAAUCUUCUUACUCUUUCUUUCCCACGAUUUCCCAGUUAAAUAAUCUCGUCAUAAAUUUCAUUCUCUUCGAAAAGAAAAAAAAAACCGCUCGACGAGGAAGAAGAAUAUUGUUCGAGCGUACCCCUGUAUAUCGGUAACCGAAAGCUUGUCGAAACAAUGCGUUCAUUAAGAAAUUUCACGGCGAAAUUUUAUUUAUUCGCGCGGGUCGAGUUGACACCGAAAUGGGGUUUCCUUCCGUUUCUCAGGCCGAUUCCGAGAACAGAACCUCUCAUUCCAUUCCAGUAUAUAUAUCGUGCACACUUAUGAGGCAUGCUAGUGAGUGAAAGUCAACGACCUGACGCAAUACCUCAUGCACGCAUGUACGAUGUAUUACCGCGGCAAUUUCUCGCAGAUCCCUAACGCCGUGCACUGUCGUGAAGGCAUAUACCGCAACAACACAACCCGGAGGUCCCGCGAUACAAACGGAACGCUCCGCCGCCGUCGUCGCGCGACCGCGGACCUUUUAUAACGCGACCCCGAGCCACGUAAUAAUGCCCGACUCGAUUACAAAACGUUCGAUCCUAGUGCAACAGUCGAGUCGCAUGAAAGGCGAGUGAAACGCGAUCAAGCAGAAGGGGAUAAUUAGUUGGAAUCAAACCCGUCGGUGUUUCGAGAUAACUUUCGGUUAGGCGUGCAACGUUGCACAUCCAUACCGCGUUGUGUCAUAUACGGUGCACCGAAUGCAUCCUGACACACAAUAGUAUGUAGUUCGUUACUUCAUUCUCUCGCCUAUUUCAAUCUUUCCCUCAAAGGACUAACCGUGUCAUAAGAGAUAAAUUGUAACGUCAAUAGACUCUACGUCUCCCUGAAAUUAGAAAAUAUUUCAAAAUCUGUAUCGUAACUUCUGCUCAGUUUAAUUGGAAAUUAUCGGGCGAAUCUCUCUUUUCUGUUUAACGGCGCAACUGCCCGCGACAAUCGCAGAGGCUUCUCAGUUGAUUCAAUACCCCAUAGGGUUUCCAAUAUUCUCUCGAAUCAGUGGAAUCAUCACAUCGAAAUUUCCCAGGCUUGUCUGCCCCGUCUACCGCCUUCGAAUUCGCUCGCGCGUUUUAACCGGGCAGCAAUUCCGAUACUUAACACGCGGAUACGUCGGUAGGAAGUGCCUUUUGUACAUGGCCUUUUGCAAUGUGGAAUUUUGCAAGCUUGCCGCGAGUAGGGUUCACCGCGAGCCGGCCGUUCGGGGAAACUGUUGCGGCUUAUCGGGCGCGCAGCCGGGUUUGUAGGGACAACAUUCUAUUCGCGCGCCGCGUUCGUAGCCGCCGCGGCGGACUUUCUAUUUGCAUUCUCUGUCACAAGUGUGAGAAUCAAUUCGCGUUUAAUGCGUUCCGCCUGUUCAGCCCGCGGAAAUAUAUAUGUAUAUCAGAGUCCGGGAAGGAAACGGCGGCGGUGAGUCGCGUAGGAAAUCACUUUUACCUGCGACUCGACGGUCAUUAAUGGAAACCGUAUAAGGUUUUCAUCGGACGUGUAUCAUAUCAUUACGGACCCAAUGAAUUCUACGAAUAAUCUUCCCUCGGCAAAAUCUUUUAAUAAUUAUCAAAACAAUCCUGAGAGAUUGUUCUAAUAAUUAUUGCAAUUUCAGUGUCUCGAACGCAUUAAUAUUUAACUCAAAUUUGAAUUAUUUGAAACAAAGUUAAUUGGAGAACGGUUUCAAAUCAUCAACAGCUGGAACGGACAGCGUCACGUUGCAGAUCACGUUCCCGCAAUUCGACGCACAUUCCCGAAGAGAUUUAUAUGUAUCGCCGCAAGAGGAGAUAUGUCUUAAUCGAUGAUUUCGUGGUUCAAUCGCAAUCACGUCGUUGCUAUAAACGGGCUCGGAGCGGCGGUUGUCUACUCAUACUGUAAAUAAUACUCGUUAGCGUUAAAAGGCAGGUUAGCGACUACUUAGCAAUUUAUACGCAUAAUUAACGAUACGACAAUUGCGCAUAAAUCUUCGUAAAGAAGAGCCUUACGUUACAGUUGUUUUCCUCUUUUUUUUUGUAUUAUUUGUAAGCAUAAUCGAAAAAAAAGUAUCAUUGCG